UUUAUUUUGAAACAAAAAAGUGUGUUUAAAAUCGCCGAAAUUGGGCAACUUUUCUGGCUGCGCUCAUGUGCCAAUCGAUUUGUGAUUUUUUUGCUCCACUUCUCUGCUCGCAGCAGAUAUUAGGCAGUAUUGUUUGAGUAAAAACAAAACAGUGGCCUAAUAAAAACAUAAUUUCACACUAAAAACUAAUAUUUUGGAUUGGAGUUGUCCGCACCAGCCGAAACACCUGUAAAGUUUGGAGUCCAUCAAGAAGAAUAGUUAAACGAGUCAACCGCAACAAAAAAAAAGUUUCAGAUUUGUGAGAACGCCGUGCUUGUAUAUCUAGGAACUGGUUUCUUAUCGUCCCAGGUGGUGUCCAGCGUAAAGCAGUGUACUUCAGUAUUUCCUGUUCAGCCAAGAAAAGAUUUAACGAGCACAGCGCUAAGGUGUACAAGUUGUAAAGUGGUGGUUUAAACAUUUCGAAAUCAGUUAAAUAUUUCAACAGGCCUAUGGCAUCAAUUGGAGUUUUUAAUUAUUCUAGUGCUGUCACCGGGACCACCGGUAACAACACUAGUAACUCGGUUUCUCCACCUGGAGUCAUCAAGAUGACUCCUGCUACCGUUUCGAACGCUGCGUCUCCGUCCCAUUCAUCCCCUAUUGUCACUUCGGGGGUUGACAUCUUGCCUGCAACUACGGUUAUUCCGCCUGCUAUUAUACCAACACCUCAAAGUGGUGCUGAUUGUGCAGCCAACGAAGAGCAGAAUAACGACGCUCCUUUAAUUUCCAUUUCUCCAACCCCGGAAUGCGCUCCUAUAAACAAUUCUCUACUGCCACCAAUUCCAACAUCAUCGGGAAGCGGCGCUUCAUUUGCAGAUGCUUUCAAAAUCGUUGAUAAUGCUCCAUUUAAUGAACUCGAUUCUGAUCCCAAUGUUUUGUGUGGAUUAGAGAUAAGUGGAGCACCUGAUUCUGUGAAGGGUUUCCCGCUAGAAAACGGAUCACUAUCGGAAUGUAUGGAACAGGACUGCACGCUGUGCCAGAACAAGUAUGUUUCUCCUCGGGUUCUAGCAUGCUUGCACGUGUUUUGCGAGUUAUGCCUGGAUUCAUUACUGCGAGAAGACGAAUCAAAACGGCUGGAUGGUGUAAUUGAUUGUCCGAUAUGCAAGCAACCAACGAAGUUAGGACCUAGAGGUAUCAGCGCCUUGCAUCAAAACUAUAUUCUGACAAAUGUACUCGAUUUGUCCACUAUCGAACCAUCUAUGUUAGCCUGCACAUCUUGCAAAAGCAAAGAAAUGGCUAUAUCGCGUUGCAAUGACUGCGCUAAUUUUUUGUGUGCUAGCUGCGACAAUGCUCACCGCUACAUGCGUUGCUUCGAGGACCAUAAAGUUGUACAGUUAGACGAACUGCGAAAAUCAUCUGAAAAGGUUGCCAUUCACAAGCCCUUGUAUUGUUCUGCUCACCCACCCGAGAAUUUGAAGUACUUCUGCUUCAACUGUCAGAUUCCGGUGUGCAAUGAAUGUUUAAUUGGCGAGCAUAAAGGUAAAGAGCAUAAUUACCAAAUCAUUAGCGAAGCUGAAAAGCCAAUGCGUAUUGAAUUGGAAAAUUUGAUGAAGGACGCUAAAACUAAAAUCGAUUGCUGUAAUCAAGCUACAGCUAACCUUGAUGCUUCUUUACAUGAUUUACAAAAUCAAUUCGAGACGGCCAGGGAUUUAAUCAACGAAUCAUUUCAAAGUUUUAAAGCCGUAUUGGAAAAGUGCCGCGAUGAUGCAUUGAAGAAUCUCGAAAAGUUGCACUCUGAACGUGAACUGAAGAUCAUGGAAAUGUUUCACAGUGUUGAGAAGGCCACGGAAAAAAUCGAAAAUACUGCCAAAUUCACGAAAAAAGUAUUGGAUCAAGCAAACGGUCCUGAGCUGUUAAGUCUAAAAAAAAUGAUUUCUACUCAAUUCAGUUGUCUGAUUGGAUCAACACCCAAAGUGGAUGUAAAUGUUUCUCUUGAGUUCCAAACCAGUUUUGAAAAAUUUGAAAAAAUUGCUCCGGAGUUGUUUGGAUCAUUUCAUACUGAAACGUUGUUACAAAGCCCUAAGGAGACUACUCCCCCACCAUCACUCCCAGGAAUGGCCAUAUUGAUCAAUAAACCACCUGGCAAUGCUAAUAGCAGUUGCGGCUUAUCACAAGGUCCUUUGACAGGAUCUGUUACUGCCAGCAGUCCAAUUUCGUUACCCACAUCGAUGCAAUCGUCGUUCGACGGAGAUAUGUCCAAUUACAUGUUACCACACGUUCUCACUCCAGAACCUCCAGCAUCGACUCCAAUUGCUGGCAAUACAAUAGUCGCUGCGCCAGCAACCGUAGGAGGAUCAGCUACUCUACCGGGAUUAACCAGCAUUGCAGAGUAUAACUUGCAUCGCCUAGCCAAUUUGGCAGAAACAUCAAAUGAUAUGCCCGAUGCUAUAGUCCCUGUUAACAAUAACACUACCACUAACUUUACGUUGGCGGAUUUAAUCUCUGGAGAUCAGAAUGCCUUCCAGGCUCUUGCAAAAUAUGGACUUAACAACACAGAUCUUCAAAAUGGUCCAUUGAUACAAUCACAUCCCAACAUGCACAAUUUAUCCUUCAACGAUUUUCCUGGUUUACAAGGAGCCCCGGCAACAAUGCUACAGCAAUCCAUGAUUCCAAUAGAUUCAUCACUGGGUGAAGACAUGGCUGCUAUGAGCCGUUUUCAAGUCAAUGGUCGUACAAAAGCUACUCCAAUGCAAAUUCGUUGCAAGUUUGGUUCACUUGGACAAACAAAAGGUCAAUUCAACUCACCACAUGGUUUCUGUCUUGGGGUGGAUGAAGAAAUUGUGGUGGCCGACACCAACAAUCAUCGUAUUGAGAUAUUCGAAAAAAAUGGUACUUUCAAAUUCUCUUUCGGUGUACCAGGAAAAGAAGAAGGGCAGCUGUUCUAUCCUCGCAAGGUGGCUGUGAUGCGUUCGAGUGCUAAGUUUGUAGUGUGCGAUCGUGGUAAUGAACGUUCUCGUAUGCAGAUUUUUUCCAAAAAUGGACAUUUUAUUAAAAAGAUUGCAAUUCGUUACAUUGAUAUUGUAGCUGGCUUAGCUGUCACUAAUAAAGGAUUAAUUGUGGCCGUUGAUAGUGUUUCACCUACGGUGUUCAUCAUAUCAGAGGAUGGCAAUUUGAUCCAUUGGUUUGAUUGCUCAGACUUCAUGAGGGAACCGUCGGAUAUCGCAAUUAACGGAUCUGACUUUUAUGUUUGUGAUUUUAAAGGACAUUGCGUAGCAGUGUUUUCGGAGGAAGGUACUUUUAAAUAUCGUAUCGGCAGUGAAAAAGUAACCUGUUUCCCGAAUGGCAUUGACAUAUCAGAUGCUGGCGACGUUCUGAUUGGCGAUUCCCAUGGCAAUCGUUUUCAUGUAGCUUGCUACUCUAAAGAUGGACAGUUGCAGUCAGAAUACGAAUGUCCCUAUGUAAAGGUAUCUCGCUGUUGCGGUCUUAAAAUUACAUCGGAAGGGUUUGUUGUAACACUAGCAAAGAAUAACCAUCACGUUCUCGUACUGAACACUCUGUAUAUUCAGUGAUUGACCGCCGGAGCUAAAAUUUUACAACCGAAUCGUUAAUCAGCAACAAGGUAAGUGCGUUGCUCAGAUUCGGUUCAGUCCAAGCUGCUGGUAGAAGACUUACGUGAGUAACAAGUAAACUCGUUCAUCAUAACAAUGCCGCGUAACGGGAAAAUCAUUUAACCAUAGCUAAAAGCUAUGACUGUGUAUAUUCGUACGCUUCAAAACAUUAUUGUCAUGUAAUCAGGCGCCAAAGCUGGGUUCAUCGUAACUGUACACGUCUCGGUUAAAGCAAGAAUCUAAACCGCGGGCGUAUAAAAUAUACUAUAGUUGCAAUGCUUGGCUAAAACUCGUGUAAAAAUAACCAUUCGAAAAGUCUCUAAAAGAGAGGAAAAACAAAUGAUAUUAUGUUGUUUUACCCAUAUUACUAUUUUAAUUUUUUAUUACACUAUUUACAAUUUUAUUCGUAACAUACUGUACUAUUACAAACAAUAUUUAUUAUCCAAAACUGAAAAAAUGAAUGAUCUCCUUUUUUACAUCCACAAUCGCGAGAUAAUGAUUUAUUUUAAUUUACACACGAAGGUAGUAAAACAAGAACCAUAUUUUUAAAAGUUGGAGGAAGCAAUGAUACAAAUGAUUACCUAAAAAACGAGAUUGAUCGAACAGCUGUGUGUGCGCGAUAAGGGAACCCUGCAGAACGAGUUUUAUUUUACUAUGUUUGUAGAGCGCGAAUAUUUAUAAAAAAAAUCUUAUUAAGAUCAUGGCGAAGUUAAAACAAACGUAAAGAAAAAUCUUCGAGCCCUUCAAACGUGUAAAUAUUUUUAAUAUUUAUAUACAACUAAGAUUGAAUUUUAAUCAUAAGCAUACUUUCUUUAGAGAGAAACAAAAACAGAUAAACGAAGUAUAAGCAAGAGAAAACAAAUUUACACGAAAACAUGUUUUAUGUAGAAGCUGUAUACAUUUAUACAUGUUAGAUUUGCCAUAUUUUUGUAAUAUCCCUUUUUCGUUAUUUUACAUUAUAAGUCAAGUCAAGAAAUGCGUUUGUUAUAGUUUUACGUUAGUUAGAGUAGGCCUGUUUUCAAAUCGCAAUCCGCUUAACGGUUUGCGAAAGUCGAAACAUCUGGUUUUAUUUGAAAAAUUAUUUCUUGAAAACAAAAACCGAAUCGCGUAUCUAUUUGUUAACGUUAGGUUAUGUUAUUAUUUUGUUUUGAUGUUCCAAGACAUAUAAAACAUGUCAUUUUUAUUACAACAGAGAACAAAGAACCAUGCCAGCCUGCGUUUUUUUUAAUACAGUAUUUCACACUUUUAAAUACUUUACAAUAUUGGGUAUUUUCGAAGGUUAUAUUUAUUUCGGUGUACUGUCGUUUCCUAAUUAUAUGCACAAUAUUAUGACCCAAAAUUCACAGAAAUUGCCGACCAUAUAUAUUAUUACGAUCUACCCUGUAACCAGGAACUCUUGAAAUUUAACUUCAGAAUGUAUGCUGUUUGUUCGAGCUGUGGAAUAUAAACAUUUACCGCACAGAAUGGUUGCUUAGUAAUCCUGAAAUAAUCAACCGAAGUUAUCAAUCUAAAUUUGAUACAAUUACCUAAGGCAACUUUUGAUAAAUGUCUUAAAACUGUGAGUCACAGGCGUGGAACAAUCCGUUUGAUAGUACUCUUUAUUCACAAUACUUCGUGAUGUAGCCUGUCCGCGUUAGUCCAGAAAAGCAGAUACUGGAAGUCAUCCGUACAAUCAUUGAGCUUAUGCAAUUUCUGUUAUUCAAACUGUAAAAUUUUUUAUCUUAAAGGGGCAAGAGCUACACAAUGUCGAUGCAGUUUGAAGGUAUAUUUAUUGUUUUGAUUAUUUAUUGCGAGGUUUUACGUGUGUUUCCUAUUAGGACAAUUGCGUUACAUUACAUACAUUCAUUCGUGUGUCUGUUUUUUUAUAAAUAUUUUGAUUCGUACGCCUUCGGUGCAGUUUUGUUUACGCAGUAGCGCCAAGAGCUGAGCCUUUAUUGAAUCCGCUGCAUCAUUUGUUUGAUCGAAAAAGGUUGGCAUUCUUGAACAUCUAAAGAAAAUGAAGUAAACAAACGGAUCGAAUUAGUAAACUUAUAAAGUGUUACACUUUGCGAGUUUACAUGGCACUUUCAGAGCACUGUGCACUCCAACCGCUUAUAUCUCGUUCUCUUACAGAAAUACGGUUGAAUCUACAUGUAAACAUUUCUUGUAACUACGGUAUGGGAGCGUAUUUUAAGCCUACUUCUACAUUCAGCCUACAUUUCUUUUCAUUCGUUAAAUAAAUACUUUGUCGAUGUAAUAUGUUAUAACGCUUUUCUCAAAAAUGCAAGUAAUCUGUUUUUUU